UUGGGCCAGGGAGGGGGGGCCACCCCAGCCCCCGACAGGAUCGGGGCAUUGGAAGGGCAGGAGGAGCCCGACAUUGAUUGCAGUAACCUGAUCCCGCAGGGGAGGCGGCCGCGACAGCCGCGGCUGCGAAGGGCCGGGGGAGGAAGCUGCCUGCAGCUGAGGGCUGGCGGGGCAGAGCUGGGGUCGGCAGCCAGCCGCUGCCUCCUCUCCUGGCCCAUCUAUUUUUAAUGAGCUCCCCAGGCUUCUGCAGCGGGCUGGACACAGAAAGGCAGGCCCAGGCGGCGGAGGCCAGAAGCCCCAGCCCUGCCCCGAGCCCUGGCCCCCACCCCCACCCUUCUGGGCAUGAGAGGGCGGCCCUGGGGCCCUGCAGCCCCCCGGCCGGGCAGGGCUCUCCAUGCAGCUGGUGCUGAAGAUGGAUUCAAGCCCAGACAAUGACAGCUGGUUGGAGGAUCAGUGGGAGCACUGGCUCACCCAUGACAUCAGCCUGGAGGAGUUUGAGGAUGAAGACCUCUCCGAGAUCACCGAUGAGUGUGGCAUCAGCCUGCAGUGCAAAGACACUCUAUCCUUACGGCCCCCACGCGCCGGGCUGCUCUCCGCGGGCGGCGGCGGCGGCGGGGGGAGCCGGCUGCAGGCCGAGAUGCUGCAGAUGGACCUGAUCGACGCGACGGGGGACACUCCCGGGGCCGAGGACGACGAGGAGGACGACGACGAGGAGCGCGCGGCCCGGCGGCCGGGAGCGGGGCCACCCGAGGCCGAGCCCCGCCAGGAGACGGCGCCCCGCGGCCAGAGCCAAGGGCAGGGCCAGGGCCCGGGCCCAGGCGGCGGAGACACGUACCGGCCCAAGCGGCCCACCACGCUGAACCUCUUCCCGCAGGUGCCGCGGUCUCAGGACACACUGAAUAAUAACUCUCUGGGCAAGAAGCACAGUUGGCAGGAUCGGGUGUCGAGAUCAUCCUCGCCGCUGAAGACAGGGGAGCAGACGCCUCCGCAUGAGCAUAUCUGCUUGAGCGAUGAGCUGCCGCCCCCCAGCAGCCCCGCGCCCACCAAGGAUCGAGGCACCUCCACGGACAGCCCCUGCCGCCGAAGCGCCGCCACCCAGAUGGCGCCUCCCGGUGGGCCCCCUGCCGCCCCCGCGGGUGGCCGGAGCCACUCGCACCGAGACCGCAUCCACUACCAGGCGGACGUGCGGCUGGAGGCCACCGAGGAGAUCUACCUGACGCCCGUACAGAGGCCCCCGGACCCUGCGGAGCCCACCUCCGCCUUCCUGCCGCCCGCCGAGAGCCGGAUGUCAGUCAGCUCCGACCCCGACCCCGCCGCCUACCCCGCCAGUACCGGGCGGCCACACCCCUCUAUCAGCGAGGAGGACGAGGGCUUCGACUGCUUGUCGUCCCCGGAGCGGGCCGAGCCGCCAGCCGGAGGAUGGAGCGGGAGCCUGGGGGAGCCGCCGCCACCUCCGCGGGCCUCGCUGAGCUCGGACACCAGCGCCCUAUCCUACGACUCGGUCAAGUAUACGCUGGUGGUGGAUGAGCACGCACAGCUGGAGCUGGUGAGCCUGCGGCCGUGCUUUGGCGACUACAGCGACGAGAGCGACUCGGCCACCGUCUACGACAACUGUGCCUCUGCCUCCUCCCCCUACGAGUCGGCCAUCGGGGAGGAGUACGAGGAGGCCCCCCGGCCGCGGCCCCCGACCUGCCUCUCGGAGGACUCCACACCGGACGAACCCGACGUCCACUUUUCCAAGAAGUUCCUGAACGUCUUCAUGAGCGGCCGCUCUCGCUCCUCCAGUGCAGAGUCCUUCGGGCUCUUCUCCUGCGUCAUCAACGGGGAAGAGCAGGAGCAGACCCACCGGGCCAUAUUCAGGUUUGUGCCUCGACAUGAAGACGAGCUCGAGCUGGAGGUGGACGACCCUCUGCUGGUGGAGCUGCAGGCCGAGGACUACUGGUACGAGGCCUAUAACAUGCGCACGGGAGCCAGGGGCAUCUUCCCUGCCUACUACGCCAUCGAGGUCACCAAGGAGCCUGAACACACGGCAGCCCUGACCAAAAACAGUGACUGGGUGGACCAGUUCCGGGUGAAGUUUCUGGGCUCAGUCCAGGUCCCCUAUCACAAGGGCAAUGAUGUCCUCUGUGCCGCUAUGCAAAAGAUCGCCACCACCCGCCGGCUCACCGUGCACUUUAACCCGCCCUCCAGCUGCGUCCUAGAGAUCAGCGUGCGGGGUGUGAAGAUCGGCGUCAAGGCUGACGACUCCCAGGAAGCCAAGGGGAAUAAAUGUAGCCACUUUUUCCAGUUAAAAAACAUCUCUUUCUGUGGAUAUCAUCCAAAGAACAACAAGUACUUUGGGUUCAUCACCAAGCACCCUGCUGACCACCGGUUUGCCUGCCAUGUCUUUGUGUCUGAAGAAUCCACCAAAGCGCUGGCAGAAUCUGUGGGGAGAGCGUUUCAGCAGUUCUACAAGCAGUUUGUGGAGUACACCUGCCCCACAGAAGACAUCUACCUGGAGUAGCGGCGGCGCCACCCCGCCCUCGCACCCCCGGGCCAGGGCCAGGGCAGCAGGCUGCUGACAGGACGUGGCACUGCUUGAGGGGGCACUUGGCACCGCCAGAGGAAGGGCAGCGGGGGGCUGCUGGCCGGGGUGGGGGAGGGCAGGGGCUACCGGGAGAAGCGAAUGCAGUCUAUUGUAAUAUAUGGGGUUAAACUCAUCUGUGGAGGAUGGUGUGGGCUGCCCGGGGGUUGGGAGGGCGCGGGGCUUGCCAGGACGGGGUGCCCUCCUAGGAGCAGAGGGCUCUGUCUCAUCUUGGGCCUCCCUCACUUCCCCCCUACCAGGGCUUCUGGCUGGCAGCUCCUGCCUUGACAAAGCCCGUGCCACCUGCAAGUGCCCAUUCCAGCCCUGUCCCCAACUUCCAACCCCCAGCCGCGGGGGCCCCCGAGCUCACACCGAGCCCAGCCCCUCCUGAGGACUCUGUGGUCAGGAAAUGGCCGCAGGUGGGGGGUGCCAUCCCCAUUCCCAGCUCUGUCACCGGUGUGGCCUCUGGACCGACAGCUCCCACCGCAACCCCGCUGGCGCGCUGGCCCCCCUGGCAGGCGUGGGGGUCCCCACGGGGAGGGGAGAGCACAGCAGCGGGGGCCCUGCCUCGGCAGGAAAAGGAGGCUCCGCCCUGGCCCCGGCCAGCCGGGGCCUCUUGGCUGCUUCAGCUGUAGCCCCAUUCUAGGUCCUGUGACCCCGGCCUCAACUAUUAAAGUGCCAUUUCCUGUCGGGAUCA